CAUUUCCUCUUUUUAGGUCAUGUUAAAACCUCUGUUGUCAACAUCGGUCUCUCACAGAGCGGAUGCACAGAGAAACAGCUAAGCAACGCAGACAAGCACAGGUAGAGCUACAGCAAGGUUGGAUAUGGCCAGGUUGGAUGUUGCAGAGACCUUUCAUGGUAUUUUGUUCCCGGGACACCUGCACACCCAGGAUUCCUUACAACUCGCUCUCAAAUUUCCGUUUCAGGAUACAGAUAUCGUCAUUGUCUCCUUUCCAAAGUCAGGCACCACAUGGAUGCAGGAAAUUGUCACUUUAAUAUCCAGCAGAGGAGAUCCACAUGUGUCCCAAAGUGUACCAAACUGGGCUCGGGCUCCCUGGUUGGAGCAAAUUUAUUUUUCUGCGGUAUGGGAGACCUCCAAAACUACGACUCGAGUCAUCACCACACAUUUGCCUCAUCACCUGCUGGGCCCUGCCCUGCAGGGCUCCAAAGCAAAGGUCAUCUACGUGAGCAGAAACCCUAAAGACAUGGUGGUUUCCUUUUAUCACUUCCACAAAAUUGCCAACUUCUUCCCUGAAGCUGGCACAUUUCCAGAGUUUCUAAACCGAUUCCUGGAGGGAAAACUGCACUAUGGUUCCUGGUUCGACCACAUUAAAGGCUGGACCGGUCAGAUAGGAACAAUGAACAAUCUGCUUCACGUCACAUAUGAAGACAUGUCGUUGAACUUACAUGCUGCCAUGAAGAGGGUGAGCGCAUACCUACAGCGUCCCCUGCUGGAGGACGAGGUCAACAACUGUGUGAAACACUGCAGCUUCAACAGCAUGAAAGACAACAAGAUGGUCAACUACACCCUGAUCGACCAGGAGAUUAUAAACCAUGGCAAGGGCUUCUUCAUGAGAAACGGUAAGAUUGGAGACUGGAAAAACAUGUUCACAGACGAGCUGAAUCAAUAUUUCCAAAGCAUCUUCGAGUCAAAGAUGAAAGACUGCACUUUAGAGUUUGUGUGGGAGGAGCAACAGAAAGAAGAGACUCAGACUAAUGAACAAAUCCCACGGAAGAACACAAAACUGUGAAAAAAAAGCUAGAAAGUAUGUUUUAUCCUGUUGUUUUCUUAUAGGUUGAAGUUUAAAUCAUUAAAAGUACACAGUUGACAUGCAGUGUCUAGUACCCUUCAAAGCCUCUCAAGAGCAGUAUACCGCAGGUUCUUCAUGAAUGUGUGCAUGAUGUUUCACUUGAUGUAUUCCAAUGUUUUGAUUAUUGUUAACAAUGAAUAAAUAUCGGUUAACUGAA